UUGCAUUUCACCACAUCUUGCCUUGUCCCCAUCAGCAUCACACACACCGGCACCCACCGCGUCCCUGCACGGGCCAUGUUUAGAUCUCGCAAAUCCUCCGUCUCGCAGAUAUCGCCCCUCGAACCCCCGCCCCAGCCCCAACAGCCCCAGCAGCGCCGAACAAGCAUGCAGCCCACCCCGCCCAACUCUGCCCCAGGCCAGGUGCCGCAGGGGCAGGGCCGUCCACCGCGUCCCCCUACCCAAGGCGCGCGCGGCCCAGGCUCGUUCGACGCCUAUCCUCCGCAGCCUGCAUUUGCGGGCGGACCGAGGAUGGAUCGCGUGCAGAGCCACGACCAAGGGAGUGCCAAGGGGGAGAAGAGGCGGAGCGGGUUCUUUGGGUUCGGGGGCAAGAAGAAGGACAAGGCGGAGAAGGGGCCGAAGCGGGAGGACGGCGAUGUGAGUCGUGGAACUGUUUCUGGGCGAUGGCGGUCCGGGCGGCAUAACAGUAUGCUCAUGUCGUUGCAGAAACCUCGCUCGUCCUUCUCUAUAGAUCGCGAAUCCACCCAGCUCGCCUCACGCCCAGUCCCGACGUCCGCCUCCCAGCGCUUUCCCCAGGGACAAGGCCAGCAGAUACCGCAGCAGCACGCUCAAGCUCAGGCUCUGCGGCAACAGCAGCAGCCUCCUUCUCAACCGCGGCCGUUUGCUCGAGAUCAAGGUCCUACACCGCCUCCCCAGCAACAACAGCGGAUUCCAGCUGCCGCGAACGACGGUCAACGAUCCCAGAGCUUGGAGAUCCCAAGAAACCAUCAGCAGGCGGUGAACGGACAGCAACGGUCUUCGCCUCUUGUACCCCCAGAGACUCUGCAGCAAUCCCAAACAGGGAUGCCGGCAAAGCAAUCUGUGCCAAGGUCGGUCUCGAUGCCGAUGGCGCCUCCAGCGCCUGGCACGACCCCCAACGGUGGCAGCGGCUCCCCUCGUCGGGCCUCUCUCUUUAGCAGCGGCAGCACUGCUCAAGACCCAAACGCUCGAGGCUCGUUCGAGUUUGGCAAUAUCAACACUGAAAAAUUCCAGGCCAUCCUCGAGCUCAUCGCCCUCCAGCCCCAAAAGACAUACGUGACGUCCCCGCCAGAGCUCGAGAUGAUUCUCGCGAGGACGAGUGCCGGUGGGCAACCCAAGCUGGGACAGCCCGGGAGUCCGAGUAAUGAUUGGGAUGCGGUUUGGUUGCAACUUUCCGGAAUUUCGCUUUCCAUGUGGUCCAUGAAGGAGACACGGGCUGCUGCUGCUAAAGGCGACAAGGUGCCUCCGACUUACUUCAACAUUACCGACUCUUCCCUCGAGCUUCUCGCCCCCCUCCCGCCUCCCCCUCACCGACCAAACUCUCGCCCGCACAACUUUGUCUACUCUCUCAACACUGCGGGGUCGAACCGACUCUUGUUUUCGAGUCCUACCGAGCGUGACCUUGCCCGAUGGGUGUCUGGACUCCGGCUCGCGGCGUGGGAGAGGGCAAGGUUGGAGGAGAUCUACACUGGUCAUCUGGUCCAGUAUGGCGAGCGCGAGCCGCCCGUCGAGGUGGGCAAAGGCCGAUCAAAGAUGGAAGGUUGGGUUCGAGUACGUGUCAUGGGUGGGACCGACUGGAGGCGGCUUUGGGCUGUUUUGAGUACGCCCGGGGAGGAGGGCGCCAAAGACGAAGGAAAACAUAGGCGAAGGAGUUUCUUUGGGAUUGGAGGCAAGGAAGAAGAGCCGGCGCCACAAGAGCCCAACACUGGGGUUUCUAUGGCUGCAUUCUAUACCGAGCCGAGGACCGCAAAGAACAAGACUAGUGUCACGCCUGUUUUGACAAUUACCAAUGUCUCUCAAGCCUACGCGGUCUUCCCCGAGCAUCUCGAGGUGAUGGUCCAGUCCAACCUCUGCAAAGUCGUCGGCCGCGUCAGCGGAGACAUGGUCACUAUCGAAGGUCGUCUCCGCGACUCUGGCUGGGCUCUGCUCAUGCCCGAGACUCCCGGAGAAGGCAGCGAUAGAGGUCACGGAUCUUCUUCCAGUCAAGGCCACGGGCAGAGCUCUGGGGUGUCGCCUUUGGGCAACAUGAUGCGUUGGGUCACUGGCUUCCAUGAUGCGUUUGCGCUCUAUGGAAGACCGGAAAAGUACAACUGGAACCCAAGGGACCCGAAGAGUCUGUUCUUUGCCUAUCCCCAGGGCCCGCAUCGAGGAAACCUCUUUUUGACCGUGGACGAAGCCUUGCGAGGAGAUUUCCGUGUUUCUUCACUCGCCGAAGUUCGUGCGCAGCUCGUGCACCUCGUGCACCGCCGUCUUGCUGGUGGCAUUCAAGAGCAUAUCGAGGAAGAAUCCGGCGAGGAUGAAGAGCGCGAGCGCGAGAUGCCGCAGCAACAAGGCAACUUCCGUCUCCCACCUCUUGCUUUCAACGAGCUACACGACAACGAGGAGCAAAACAUGCCACGAUCCUUGACACCCAUCACCGAGAGGACGGAUGUGACGAGGCAAAACAGUACAAAGACUAGCAAGUCUGGACUUACUAUUGCCGGCAUGGGCUCUCCUCCGAGUGGCACCACUGCUCAAGGGGACAGAAAGACGAGCGGGGGUAGCUCCAAACAUGGCAGCCAGUCGAGCAAACAUUCUGAUUUCGGUAUCGUACCCAUGUCUAACGACGGAUUUGCCCCUCUCACCGAAGAACCUGGAGAAGUGUACUCUUCAAACGGCUCUGGAUCCCACUCGAAUACGACCAUUACUCCCCAGCCUCCAGUGAACCCUCUUCCUGGUUUCGGUGUACUCGACAGGCAUGACAAACAGGUCACUCCCUCUUCCGUUGCGAGCAAGACUUCAGAGAGUGUCUAUUCGCAGGAGACGGGGUUGACGCCUGUUGCGCCAAGCAAUGCGUCUUACUAUAGUGCCAAACCUUCAGCGGACGGCCACGGGCCUCAACAGACCAAUUUCCCUGUGCCAGUCCCGAAUGGUCAGUCUAUCGCGCUCGCUCCCCCUGUGGAAGCCCCUACGGAGCAAAUUUCCUCGGCUCCAGGGCCUGAAGAUAGGCCUCCUCUUCCUCCGUUUGCAUCGGAAGGCUCUUCAGAGGUGCUCUCACCGACUCCACGCAAGGUUUCGUCCGGUGAACCUCUUCCCCACGGAGUAGAGCUGGCCCAGGAGCCAGCGGCAAUGUACUUGAUGAACAUGGUCGAGGAGCCGCCGGUGCCCGAGCCUCCUCAGCGCAUCAAAUCAGCUUCUCCGCCUACCAACGGUGCCCAUGUGAAUGGGAAUCAGCUGCAGAGGAAACCUUCAGGUGCCAGGGCUUUGCCUGUCAGACAGCAGAGUGCGGAGCCCAAGCUGCACAACAUUCAAGACAGGCCUAGCGAUGAUUCUCAUGCUCGACCCGAACCUGAGGCUCAGGUUCCCGAGGCCGCUCCCCAAAGUGCGAAUCCUGAACUGGGAGAAGCCAAUCCUGAACUGGGAGAAGCCAAUCCUGAACUGGGAGAAGACUUUUCAUCAUACAUGAAUUAUGCCGACAAUCCUACACCUGUCAAACCCAAAGCUGCGCCUGCCCCUACCCGACCUUUUCCUCCCAAGGCCGUCUCGCCUCCUCAGGAACAGGUCAAGUCGAGCUUUGCUCCGAGUCGUGCGGUGCGCGAGCGACGUGCAAAGGCAGAACAAGAUGCAAAGGAUCAAGAGAUGGCCAAAUACAAGCCUGGCGGGGGGAAGCGAAUCGUGAGCACUAGGAGCACAAUGCCAGAGUUCGAAAGUUCGGAUGAGGAUGAGGAUGAAGAUGAAGAGGAGGAAGAGAGCGAAAACGAAGCUCCCGCUGCGCAGAAGAAGACUUCUCUACCGGUUCCUCCUGGCCAGGUCGCGCCUGUUCAAGGCGGACAGCUAGGACUCGAGGGUCUUCCUCGUGAACGCCAAACGUCCAUGAAUGCGCGAGCUCUUCCGCCCGUUCCCGUCACCGCAAAUCAGGCUCCCGACCUCCGACUGCCUUUCGAAGACUUUGACGCUCGAUCUCGAGUCGGUAGUCAAUACAGCCAGCACAGUCAACGCUCAAGUGGCUAUGAUCCUCGUGCCAAUCAAUAUAUGGACCGGCCUCGCAACGUAUCGCGCACGCCCAGUCCUUUGAAUGGCCCUCCAGGUGCGGGCAGACAUGGAUCCAAUUAUCAUGGGAACGGUGCCGCCUAUCCCAUGUCUGGACCUCGCCAGUCUUACAACGUUGCCCCGCCUCCUGCCACCCGCCAAAGUGUGUGGAACGCCAACUUUUCCGCUCAGCAUGGUAUGGAAGAGAAUACAAAGUUUGGCAAAUUUGUCGACCUGGAAGAACCUUCUGUUCAUCUUACCAAGGCAUUCGCGCCUCACGGGCUGCUCCAGGCCGGUAUACAGGACAAAGAAGAGAGAUCGGCAAAGAAACAGGAGGAAUUGGCUAGAGAGACGGGCAGCAGUCUCAUCGAUGUUCCCUCCAAGCCGCCACCCCCUCAGGCGGGACUUUUGGGCGCUGUGGCAGCGCAUGAGAGGGACAGAAAGAAUGCUGGUGGUAUUGGUGCUACACUGACUGACAGAGAGAGAGAAAAGAGGUUGGCUGAGGAAAAGCAGCGAGAGUUUGACCGACUCCAGCGUCAACAGAUGGGUCAAUUCGGCGGGGACAUGUAUCCUCAGCAAGGCUUUGGCCAGCAGGGGUAUGGCUACGGGAUGGGCAAUGCUAUGAUGAACCAGAUGCCUAUGAUGGGUUAUCCUUACCAAGGAGGCUUUAAUCCUUACGCUCAGGCUCAGCAACAAGCCAUGAUGGCUGCCCAGAUGGCGUAUCAACAGACCAUUAUGGCCAUGUCGCAAGCCGGCUCUCAAGCUGGUGAUCUUCACGAGCGAGCUCAAUCUGCCCAGUCUCGUCAUCGACAGGCCUCUGGGUUCAGCGAUGACCGCUCUGCUUCUCCCAGCGCCAGCCAGAUGGGCGGUAUCCCGUCUCUCUAUGGCGGAUAUCCGCAGGGCGGCAUGGGUAUGGGUAUGAAUGGUAUGGGCAUGCCCAUGCCCAUGCAGAUGCCACAAAUGCCGUGGAUGAUGCCCGGAGGCGGGAUGCCAAGCCCCGGGAUGUGGGGAAUGCCUGGGCCGGCUGCUCAAGGAAGCCCAAAUUAAGGGUUUAUGCCCCCCAGCGCGCCUGGUGGGGCUGGUAGCGAUGCAGGCAGUAUGAGAGGGAGGCCGAUGGGAGGAGAGGAGGGUGGCCAGAAGUUUAAUUGAUCUCGUAACAUUUUUUCAUCUCUUGACUGACUUGACUGCUGAAGGACUUUUGGAAUGACCUUUGAUAUCAUUGUGUAUAACGUUUACGAUACUGUUCUGAGAAUGCAUAUUUAUUUGAU